AGGAGGUGACUCCGUCUUUAAAAGUGUCCUCGGCUCCUUGGAGGCUCGUUUGGGGGCCGAACUUACCGGCGGGUUCCGCUGAUCCAAAGUGACAGAGGCGCGGAUGUCAGCGCUGCCUCAGACAGCAGCCGAGCGAUUGUUUCCUAAAAUAGGGCAAAGGACAACCGAGACCUCGCUUCCCGCUCCAGGUUGGGUAAAUUCAAAAAGACAUUGGAGAGAGAAAGAGGCGGGCAGAGGAGAGAGACUUGUAAGCGGGACUUACACACGAGGAUCCAGAGGAUGGGGAUUUAAACUCUCAACCAACGUCAGACACCCGCCCCUUUCUUCCUUUCUUUUUGUUAAUUUUUUCCCCUUUUAAAUUAGAUUUCAAGUUUUUGUUUUAUUUAUUUAUGUUGAUGGCAGCCGGGAGCCGCGUGACUCUUCCCGGGGUUUUCCGCUCGGGCUGCCAGGGAAAGAGAGAGGAGAGAUCCGAGAUACGAGAGCGGUGCCGGGACCCGAGCUAAGCGCUGAGCGCCUGAGAGGAGAGACUCGGAGCAGGUCCUGUGAGUAUAACUGUGUGACUGUAAAAUGGCGCUGCCAGCUAAGCACAUAUGAUCUGACAUGGAGGCCAUCAUUGCAGUCAACUCCACACAGGACGAGCUCCCACCCGACGAUGACCCCCUUAACAAUGCUUUCCUCGAAUACGACCCUAACACUGGUGUCGCUCCCUCAGCUCUUCCUACACUGGCAUUUGAAGGAGUGAAUUUCUUAGAGGACCCCAUCAGCCUACCAAGUGUACAGGUGGUGUUGAUCCUGGCCUACAGCACCAUUAUUGUGCUGGGAGUUCUGGGUAAUUCUCUUGUCAUCUAUGUCAUCUAUCGCUUCAAGACGCUCCGCACUGUCACCAACUUCUUCAUUGCUAAUUUGGCUGUUGCCGACCUGUUGGUCAACACUCUGUGCCUCCCCUUCACCCUCGUCUACACCCUGCAGGGUGAGUGGAAAUUUGGUAGCACACUUUGCUUCCUGCUGCCCUACGCCCAGGGGCUCACCGUGCAUGUCUCCACUGUGACGCUCAAUGUCAUCGCACUGGACCGCCACAGGUGUAUCGUGUACCACCUGGAGACCAGGAUGCGUAAGGACGUGUGUUUUACAGUGAUAGCAUUGACAUGGGUGCUGAGUGCCAUCCUGGCUAGCCCUCUUGCCAUCUUCAGAGAGUACGGCUCUUUCACACUGGAGCCUGGACAUACCAUACAGGCGUGUAUGGAGAAAUGGCCCGGGACAAACACAGAUGGCACCAUCUACAGCAUCUCCAUGCUUAUCCUGCAGUAUUUCCUCCCCCUGUCCAUCAUUUCCUUUGCCUACGCCCGCAUCUGGUCCAAAUUGCGUGGUCAUGUCAGUCCAGCAGAGAGUGGUGUCAACAGCAGCGUCGCCUCCGAACGCCACCGCCGACGCCGCAAAACCACCAAGAUGCUGGUGACCAUGGUGGUGGUGUUUGCCGUGAGCUGGCUUCCCUUCCACGCCUUCCAGCUGGCCACCGAUAUUGACAGCGCGGUGCUGGACAUGCGGGACUUCCGCCUGCUCUACACCGUCUUCCACGUGAUUGCCAUGUGCUCCACCUUUGCAAACCCACUACUUUACGGCUGGAUGAACCGCAACUACCGCGCUGCCUUUCUCGCUGUCUUUAAAUGUCGCAGUGGCGGCGAGAGGGAAAGGGGUGGCCGACUGGACAGCAUUCAUCCCGCUGGGGGAGGGGCAGGAGGGGGAGGCAGAAGGGCAAAGAAGAUAGUCCUUGAAACGCAGGAUGUGGUGUCUACAUGCCUCAACGCCACUGAUGUGUGAGAUGCCGAAGAGGGAUGGAGGAGAGGAAGACAUGGAAGAGAAAGGAAGGAAAAGAAUAUUCUUUUGUCUCCCAGAGGACAAAAGAUUGCACAUGGAGACAGAAGAAAAGAAGACCUAAAGAUGUGUGAGAAAAUAGAAACGGCACGAGUGAGAGGGAGCCAAUGGGGGGGAUUAAAGAGCCCAAAUAUAGAGGAGAAGGCGGGGAUGAUUGGGGAUUAGAAGAGGAAGAAUGACAGGAGAAACGAUGAGGAGCUGCUGAAUGACUCAAAGUCUUCUUAAACAACUGAAACUGCAUCUUUCUGAGGACAUGACCUUGCUGUGAUGGAAAAUUCCCACACUGUAAAGACAUGCUUUGAGGGUGAAAUUGUGUUUGAAGGAUCUGUGACACUUAAAAAAAGCGGGCAGGCCUGUAUGGAGAACAGAUUAAGUAGGCACAUUUUUAUGGACAAAAAAAAAAUUACCAAAAGAAAUGGAGUUUAAAAUCUAGUCAGCACAGGGCUUUUUCUCCAUCUUCAAUCCACAGAUGAAACAUGUAACUCAAAAAUAUAAUUCACAGUGGUUUACAAAUGUGCUCUCUUACAGAAAGCGUAUGAAUUUUUAGGCCACUGUUAAAUCGAUUAAAAGAAAAGCUGGGGGGGAUACAAUUUGGAUGCAUGAUGCAAGCUUGAGAAAUUUCAAACACUGUUAUGAAAAUGUGCAUUUGCUGUGGAUUAUCUGAAAAUAAGCCAGAUUGGAGGAAUGCAAAACAGAAAACACAGAGGUGGGCAAGAAGUAGAUGUGGUCAAAUUAUUCAUAUUAGAAGGUAGAUGCUUUGUUGCUAUUUUUAAUUUUUUUUAAUUGGCGGAGAAUAGAGAGCAAGGGAAUCUGAGACAAGGGCCGAAGCUGUAACUGUGAUAAAAGGAUCAGUAGGAGAAAAAGACAAGAGUUAAAUGUGGGAUAAUGAGGCAACAUAAAAAACAAGGUAUUUCAAAUGAACUGUAUCCAAUUUAGAAAGAAACAUCAGAGAAAGGAUCCCUACUUUCAAGCUAACACACGAAUGUUUGAAUAAAAUGAAAACUUGAGUGAUUUACUUCCUUUUCUUUGAUCACUUUAUCACCUUACUGAAGCCAUAAAUUUAUCACAUUGCAAUUUUUCCAGUUAUACAGACACAAAGACCAGGUCGUUAUUUUACGCUUCUAAUAUUAAUCUUAUUUUAUUCAUCUUUGCUCAGUCUACCAAGUCUUUUUUAUUGAAACUCAAUUACAGAUGGAAGAAAUAUCAUUAAAAUAUGAUUGGCUACAUUAAAGCAAAACUCAUUAGGUAGAUAUGCCAUUUUUCAAUAACUUUAAUGGAUGCUUUGAAUUCCAAAUAACUUCCACAAGUGAAUAGUUUAUUCAUAGACUUUUACAUGGAUUUAGGGCACUACGUUUGCCCUCCACCAUGAAUUUCUUUUUUAAAAGAAGCUCAUCUUGUCACUUAUACUGUUAAAAUAUGAUCUUGAUUCCUGAGUUCAUAGCGCCACUGAAUGUUUUGUGAGAAAUCUUGUCAACCCUUCCAAACACAGUCUUACGGCAGUUUGUGAACUAGUCAUGACUAGUAGUCUAUUAAUUCAUAUUUCUGUGCACAAAUCAGCUAACUGAACCCUCCCUGUCUUUCUGUUCUCACAAAGUCCUCAUUUGCAGACUGUAGCUAUACCUUGCCUAUGAAGUCAUGCCAUCUGGGAUGAGUUCCAGUCCACAGACAUUAAAAAAGAUGGAAGCUUCUGGAAAUGAAAAUUGAAAUCAUUUACCAAAUUUACCCUGUAUCUACUUAGAUUUUGUAGCUUUGGAUUCCAACCAAACAAAACUACCAAACUUCAACCAAAUGGUGGCUUAGGCUAAAUGUAAUGCUGUGUUCACCAUAAAGUCACAUGAAACCUCACCAAGAGGUACCACAUCUGUACAUUUAAAAAAGUUUUCAAAUUAAAUUCAAAUUACAAAUUUGAAAGCCUUACAGCUGAGAUUGCCUCAUAGACUCUGGAUUAGCCUGAUGAAGGACAAACCAGAGCUAAAUGAUUCAACUUCUCUUUUAUAUGAAGACAAAACAUAAAAUGGGCUUUAAGUGAGCAAAGUCAUAGACCCUCCUGAUAUCUUACUUACUGAUGUUACAGUAACUUCUUUCUAGCACUCCAUUACACUCUAGCUUUUGUUUGUCAGGCCACAAUUCACCUUGAGUUUGGUGUUACCACACCACUGGGAAUAGGGCUACAUCAUUCCAAGAGGCAGAGGCUGGCCUACGCAAUCCUGCAUCAACUCCCUAGAUAGACAUUAUGCCUCUACACUAUCAACAAGCACCUGACCUGUCCUUGCGAUUCAUCAUAGAGCCAAAAUAUCCAGAGCUAUCAGCAGACUGAGUUCACUUUAAUUCUAAAGGCUCCAACAACAUUAACCUUUGUUCAGGCCUUCCUAAAUAGGGUUAAACCCAAGAAUUCCCAAAUCCUAGGAACAACUAAUCCACAUCUUUUUACAUUGAACAUUUCAAGCAUUGGUUUUCAGUCUGACUGGAAGUAAACACUGAUCUCAGCCAUCUGGAAAUUGUGGGAAAACGGCGACCCACUGCUUGGUCUGCUGGAGGUGGUCUUUAAUAUUCCAUGCUUAAAAUGAGCAUCUUGAGAAGACUGUGGUUCCACUGGUGGAAUAUAAAUAAAAUUUCACUUAAGUGAACCUAGUAAAGCUGCAAUAGAUUGCUUUUUCUAAACAUCUGUU